AAAAAUUUGGUUUAAAUUAACAAAUAGAUGAGUUAUCGACUUAUCUAGUAAUACAGCUAACCACUGAAGGAUAUAACAUCACUUGUGAAACUGACCAGCGGGUACAAUAGGCAGCAUAAUGAAACUGCUUAUUAGUCUCUGCUUUUUUGCUGUUUUGAAUCUUUCUAAUUCGUUUUACGUUCCUGGAGUUGCUCCGUCUGAAUUUAAAGCAGGAGAUACUGUUGAAAUAAAGGCAGUGAAGAUGACAAGCUCUAAGACACAACUUCCAUAUGAAUAUUACACUUUACCAUUCUGUAAACCUUCUUCCAUAGAGCACAAGACUGAGAAUUUGGGGGAGGUUCUACGAGGCGAUCGAAUUGUCAACACAUUGUUCAAAGCAGUAAUGAAGAAACCUACACCCUGUACUGUGAUGUGCACUUCUGAAAAGUUUGACGGAAAAAUGGCGAAAACUAUCAUUCAACGAAUUAAAGAUGAAUAUUCUGUGCAUUUGUUGUGUGACAAUCUUCCCUCUGCUACAAGAUGGGCUUUGAGCCAAUCAGAAGUACAACUUGAACAUGGAUAUAAACUUGGAAUAUUCGAUUCUGGAAAGGCCUACAUUAACAACCAUCUGUCUAUAUUGUUGUUGUACAAUGCAAAUGAGGACGAUUUAGACACGUAUCGAGUCGUCGGGUUCGAGGUUAUGCCCCAGAGCGUUGAUUCAUCUCUGCUUGAGGAAGGAAAGAAUUGUUCCGUUACCCCUAAAGGGGUAAUGAAACGACAAGAAAUAACGGAAAAAACAACUUCAAUCAAGUUUUCUUACGAUGUCGUAUGGGUGAAAAGCAACAUCCGUUGGGCAUCAAGAUGGGACAAUUAUCUUCAGAUGGGAGAUGUUCAGAUCCAUUGGUUCUCAAUCAUCAAUUCUAUCGUUGUUGUGCUGUUUUUGGCAGGUAUUCUUACAAUGAUCAUUGUUCGAACUCUACGACGCGACAUCGCAAAUUAUAAUCGAGAAGAUGAUGAAUUAGAUGAUGCAAUUGAAGAAACAGGGUGGAAAUUGGUCCAUGGUGAUGUUUUUCGCCCUCCGAAAAAUAUUAUGCUUCUAGUCUCACUCAUUGGUGCAGGAGUCCAAUUAUUUGGGAUGGCAAUCAUCACGAUAUGUGUGGCCAUGCUAGGUAUGCUGAGUCCAUCAAGCAGAGGGGGAUUACUGUCCGCAUCUUUCCUGCUUUAUGUAUUCUUAGGGGUCUUCGGUGGUUACUUUUCUGGUCGUCUUUACAAAAGUUUGAAAGGUCAGCUAUGGAAGCGAGCUGCGAUCCAAACAGCUACAAUAUAUCCCGGUGUUGGGUUCGGGAUUGCGUUCUUACUCAACUUUUUCAUCUGGGGAAAACACUCGUCUGGCGCUGUUCCAUUCUCUACGAUGAUUGCGAUUUUGGCGUUAUGGUUUGGAGUAUCACUCCCUUUAGUGUUCAUUGGAUAUUACUUUGGAUAUCGCAAGCAACCAUACGACUACCCUGUACGAACCAAUCAAAUUCCACGACAAGUUCCAGAACAAUUAGUCUACAUGAAUCCGUUUAUCAGUGUACUCAUGGCUGGCAUUCUACCAUUCGGAGCAGUUUUCAUUGAAUUGUUCUUCAUAUUUACGGCAAUAUGGGAGAACCAGUUCUACUAUCUGUUCGGAUUUCUGUUCUUGGUUUUCGUUAUUUUGAUCAUCGCUUGCAGUCAGAUAUCCAUUGUGAUGGUCUACUUUCAACUGUGCUCUGAGGACUACCAUUGGUGGUGGCGUUCCUUCAUUGUAUCUGGAGGAUCUGCUUUCUAUGUUUUCAUCUACUCAAUCUUCUAUUUCUGUACCCAGCUUGAAAUCACUGCAUUCAUCCCAACACUUCUCUACUUCGGCUACACAUUCAUUAUCGUUCUCACAUUUUGGAUUCUCACCGGCACAAUUGGAUUCUAUGCUUCUUUUAUGUUCAUUAGGAAAAUAUACGGCCAAGUCAAAAUCGAUUAAAAGAAGCAAGAUUGCUGGCAAAAGUGACUUAAGUCAAGCCAGUGACUUUUGGCUAUAAAUACUGACUGAUAUAUAUGACUCAAGUAUACUCAUUAGCUUUUUAUUGACUUCUAAUAUAGCUGGUAACUUAUUACAAAUUGACUCCUGUCUACAUGCUGUUGUGGAAAUGGCUUAAAUUUAGCCACUGAUGACACAAAUGGCUUAAGUUCAGUCAAUAACUUGGCCAACCUAACUACGAGCAUAAUAUGAUUGACUUUCUAUCAGUUGACUUGUUAAAAUUGACUUUUAAUGACCUCCAUUUGGUGCAAAAUGGCUUAUAUCUAGCCACAGAAAGCACAAAUGUAGCCACCAUUGUGAAAAUGGUUUAAAUUCAGUCAUUAGCCAAUAUAAGCUAAUGAUUGACUUUCUUCUAGGUGCUUGUAUAAAAUUGACUUCAAGUGACUUCCAUCUAAUGCCAAACGGUCCACAGCUGAAAUUGUUUUUGCAUUUUGAUUCCCUUAGUCUUUCACAUAACAUAAACAUAGAUUAUGAUUGACUUGUUCUAGUCAUUAACAUGACUAAUAUUUUAUAAAAUUGACUUCGAAUGGCUUCUAUUUUGUGAUAAAUGGCUUAAGUUUAGACAUUUUGAAAGUGGAUUAAAUUUAGUCAUUGACCCAACCAACAUAACUAGUAUAUAUUUGAUUCGUGCCUAGCCAUUACCUUUUAUAAAAUUAACUUAAAAUGGCUUCGAUACAGAUACUGUUGUGAAAAUGGCUAAAAUUCAGUCAUUGGAUUGGCCAAGAAAACCUUUAUCUGAUACUUGUAGAUACUCAAUUUUAGUUUUUGCGUAAUGACUUUUCAAAAUGACUUUAUCAGGCUUUUGAAGCCUAUUCCCCUAAAUAACAACUUGAAGAAUCCUUUUUCAUGUAUUUACUCCAUUCUCCAAGUCUUCUUAUUAGGUAGCAAAUCAAGAUUCAUCUGAAUAUUUUCGCUUAUCGGCUUAAAAAUGUUUUUAAGUUCUAUACGUGUUGCCAUGAAAAUAUGAUCCCCAUGGUCAUGGAAAUAUGGCUCCUAUUACCAUAGAAAUAUGGUCACAGUUGCCAUGGAAGUAUGGUUAGGGAUAUAUGAUUUCAAUCAUUAUCCAAAUUACACUCACCGUAUUUGCUCGUUUUGUAGCCCGGGCCCCACAUUUUUUUAACCGAACUCACUAACCGGGCCCUUAUUUAAACCGGCCCGCUUGUUAUUUUUAAAGUAGGAUUAUACACAAAAAUUACGUUAUCUUUGAAGACAAAUAUUUGACGACAUUAAUCCUUUUUCAUGUCAAUUUAUUCACGUCAAACGCAAAUUAUUCACGUCUUAAGAGUAAUUCCCUCAUAUUGAGAUCCACGGUGUUACGUAAUCAAUGCUAUCUGUUAUGUAAUUAGACGCCUACGUGUUAUCUAUCAGCGCCUAAAAUUCAACAACGUUGUGACAAAAGCGCUUAUUUCCUAUUGUUCUCUACCACUGAAAAAUCAGCUUUCACAUCGGGCGGGUAUUCAAGCACCGGCCCUUAUUUAUUUUUAUGUUCUGUUCACACGGGCGGCUAUUCAAACGGGGCCUCAAUCAAGAUCGGGCGGUAAAACGAGCAUAUACGGACGGCUGUGCUAUAAUUAUUAAAAUUCUCCCCACGAUUUCUCAUAAUCUACAGAUUUAUCCACUCUUUUUUAUAUCUUAUUAUUCUUAUUUUAAAAGCUUUAGAUCAGGGGGUUCCCAAACCACGGCCCGUGGGCCAAAUCCGGUUCGUUUAACGAUUUUAAAUGGCCCGCCGAGCUUAAGUGAAAUGGUGUUCGACAUAUUUUGUUUCUUCCUUUUUGCGAUCUAGAUACCGCUAAUUGUUAUGUCAUUAUCACUGUUUAAGCACGUGUUUAUCGUAACAAUCCAAUUAUACCGGUAUCUCAAUCAUUCGUACCGGUAUUAGGAUUACAUAGGGCAGAAAUUUAGUUAUUAGUCACAUAUGAAAGCUUAGAGGUGUCAAAAAGCAAACGGAAACUAGACGCUGAAAACACGUUCUUUGGAUAAAUAUCAACGUUCGUAUUUCUGCAUUGAAGAGAUGAGUCAAACAAACAUAUUUCUAAAAAUGUCAAAUGAAAGUGACCCCAGCUAAACCGUCGUGCACUUUCGGGUGCUACACUCUUCUGGCCCGCGAACAUCCUUCCGAUUGUAAUUUUGGCCCUCGGCCGAUAAAGUUUGGGAACCCCUGCUUUAGAUGAAGCAGAAUACUGUUGUAUAUAGUAUAACAUGGUGUUUGUUUAUGUUUGUGUUGAGUAUUUCCCAGAAUAUUCCUAAUUUAAUUUGUUAAAUUUCCUGCGGUUUCAAAGAAUACUGGGGACUUGAAAACCCUGGCUCUAUGCUGUGAGGGAAUUAAUAUUCAAUUUUAAGUUUAUUAAUUAUUCUGGUCUUUCAAGUAUGUCUAUAAGUAACUUCUUGUGCAAAGUUAGGCACGCCAUCAAAAGCUCAUCAAAAUAUACUCAGCAUAUUCGGCCCCGAUACACUAAUUUUAAACAAGAUAUUUUUUGAUCAAUGGAAAAAACUUGACUUCCAUAUUUAACCCAAUUCAGGGGGGUAAACUUGACUGUAGCGGAAGCACUGUUAAAUUCAAUUUCCUCAUGGGUUUCAAAAAUACUUAGAAAAUAAAUUAAUACAAUGUUAUAAUAUCAAACAUAUUUAGUUUGAAUAUUUAUCCAUUUUUCAUGUCUGUGCUUUUAAUUCACAAAUGAAGAAAAUUUGACUUGAUAAUCUAAAAUUUGUUUUCUUUAUUACAGACGGAAUUAAAGUUGUUGUAUGGUAGUUACUGUAAACUUUAAUUUCUUAUUUAUUUCAAAACCUAUACACGUUUUAAUUUAUCACACAAUUGUAUUCUAGAAAAUUUUCACGUUCAAGAUUAUUAUAUCGCAAUUUAAUGCUGAUCCCACUCCCCUACUUUCCACAAUUACCGGUAUUCCCCCUCCCUAUUUAUUGGUCGUUUUUGUGGAUGAAAUUAAGUGAACAUUGUUAUAUAACGUAACCUGUUAUUUUAUUAGCAAAAGUCUUUGGAAUCACGCAAGUUUGAAAAUUUUAUUUUCUACAAUUUUGUUUUGCCUGUCAGUGGUAUUGAUCCACAUCCCUUUUCACCGGAUAUUUUUCAACUUUGAGGGGUUAACAAGUCUUACACUCCCAACAUAUUCAAUUAAGUUUUCCACCAGGCUUAUUCAGAUUAAACUUAUUGCCUGACCCAAUAACGAUCUGCUUUCUACCCGGUAACUCUGGCAAUAUAAAGGAGACUACGAUACAUAGGUUUAUAUACAUAGAUGGAAUAGAGCAGGGCUACUCAACUAUUUUUACCGAAGAUCCGCAUACAAAACUUCAAAAAUAUUUGAGUCCGGACUUUCCAGAAAUUAUAUUUCGUCAUCCCUAAACACACACUUCCUCGACAGACUAAUGAUUAUUAGCUAUUUUGUUCUUUUCAUAUAUAUUUAAAAGUGAUUUUAUAAAAGAAAAUUUCAAAAGUGGGGCCAAUGAUCCAAAAUAAAGAAUUAGUCGCGGUCCGAAUCGAAUACCCGAAAGGUCCGAAUUCGGACCGCCAGUUGAGUAGCCCUGAAGUAGAGUACACGCUGGUCUCUUUAGCAUUUCAACUUGGGCUGUGUUGCCAGGUUCUACCUAUGUAAGUGCGAAUAUUAUAUAGUGACUGAAUAUAUUACGAAUUUUUAAUAUUAGUACCUGCAUGUUCUUGUUUAAAAGGAAGACAUCCAAAAGGCAACUUUGAGGAGAAUCACUGUUAAAGUGUUUUUUCCCUUGAAUGAGUGUUAAAAAACCUGGCAACCAUAGUUUGUCCCGAAUUACAUUUAUCACUAAAAGUACCAGUUAUGCAAACGUAGGUAUUUAAUGUGAAAAUCUUGUGUUAAACCAGUGGUUCUCUAACUUUUUAAGCCGCGCCCCCUUUUUCAAAUUUGUCAAGUCCCGCGCCCCACCUUAAAAAUAACUAGGUAACAAUAAACUACAAAUAACAGAUAGUAAGGCGAAAGUAUAUUUUAUUAAAAAAAAACUUAAAAAACAUGUGGAUGUUAUCACAAUCUUUAAACAAUAAAGAAAAGUAAAUAUCCAAAAUAAGUCGAACAAGAUAAAAUCUAACAAAUAUUUUAAUUUUUCAUCAGCUUCACGCCUCCUCAAAAAAUUGUCUACAGCCCCAAACUACCCCCCCCCGCACACUUGUGGGUGCCCCAUCAUUUGAGAACCACUGUUUUAAAGACUCUUGUGUGUAUAUAUAUAUAUAGGAAGUAGAUGUAAUUGAUGGAAAUGCUCUUUAAUUUUUCGGGGUGAUAUUUGCUGUUUUUACUAUUUUUAUGGCUGAAAUAAAAGAUGGUAAAAAUUUA